AUGGGGAAGAGCCGCGAGAUGCGCCUAACUCACGUCUGCUGCCUCCUCUACCAGCUGGGGGUCCUGUCGAAUGGGAUCGUUUCAGGGCUGCAGUUCGCCCCCGACCGCGAGGAGUGGGAAGUCGUGUUCCCUGCACUCUGGCGCCGGGAGCCGGUGGACGCGGCCGGCGGUAGCGGGGGCAGCGCGGACCCAGGCUGGGUGCGCGGCGCCACGGGAGGCGGAGGCGCCCGGGCUCAGGCGGCCGGCAGCUCCCGCGAGGUGCGCUCCGUGGCCCCGGCGCCGCCCCAGGAGCCCGCGGAAGGCCGGUCAGAGCCCCGGCCCCGACCCCCGCUGCCGGGGGGCGAAGAAGACGAGGAGCUCGAAUCGCAGGAGGUGCCGCGGGGAUCCAGCGGGGCUGCCGCCCUGUCCCCGGGCGCCCCGGCCUCGUGGCAGCCGCCGCCGCCGCCCCCAUCUCCCCCCGCGGCGCAGCAAGCAGAGCCGGACGGCGACGAGGUACUGCUGCGGAUCCCGGCCUUCUCCCGGGACCUAUACCUGCUGCUCCGGAGAGACGGCCGCUUCCUGGCGCCGCGCUUCGCGGUGGAACAGCGGCCGAGUCCGGGCCCGGGCCCCACGCGGGCAGCAGCCGCCCCGCGCCCUCCGGCGCCACCCGACGCCUCCUGCUUCUACACUGGGGCUGUGCUGCGGCACCCCGGCUCGCUGGCCUCUUUCAGCACCUGCGGAGGUGGCCUGAUGGGAUUCAUACAGCUCAAUGAGGACUUCAUAUUUAUUGAACCACUCAAUGAUACAAUGGCCAUAACGGGUCACCCACACCGUGUAUAUAGGCAGAAAAGGUCCAUGGAGGAAAAAGCCACAGAGAAGUCAGCUCCUCACGGUCAUUACUGUGGUGUCAUUCCAGAUAAAGGAAGAACUAGAUCUAAAAAAAUAACAGAAAGUGGAAGAGGGAAACGAUAUUCAUACAAAUUACCUCAAGAAUACAACAUAGAGACUGUAGUGGUUGCAGACCCAGCAAUGGUUUCCUAUCAUGGAGCAGAUGCAGCCAGGAGAUUCAUUCUAACCAUCUUAAAUAUGGUUUUUAACCUUUUCCAACACAAGAGCCUUGGUGUGCAGGUCAAUCUUCGUGUGAUAAAGCUUAUUCUGCUCCAUGAAACUCCAGCAGAUCUAUAUAUUGGGCAUCAUGGAGAGAAAAUGCUAGAGAGCUUUUGUAAGUGGCAACAUGAAGAAUUUGGCAAAAAGAAUGAUAUACAUUUAGAGAUGUCAACAAGCUGGGGAGAGGACAUGACUUCAGUGGAUGCAGCUAUACUUAUAACAAGGAAAGAUUUCUGUGUACACAAAGAUGAACCAUGUGAUACUGUUGGUAUAGCUUACUUGAGUGGAAUGUGUAGUGAAAAGAGAAAAUGUAUUAUUGCUGAAGACAAUGGCCUGAACCUUGCAUUUACAAUUGCUCAUGAAAUGGGCCACAACAUGGGGAUUAAUCAUGACAAUGACCACCCAUCAUGUGCUGAUGGUCUUCAUAUCAUGUCUGGUGAAUGGAUUAAAGGACAAAAUCUAGGUGAUGUCUCGUGGUCCCAAUGUAGCAAGGAAGAUUUGGAAAGAUUUCUAAGGUCAAAGGCCAGUAACUGCUUGCUGCAGACAAAUCCCCAGAGUGUCAAUUCCGUGAUGGUUCCCUCCAAGUUGCCAGAGAUGACAUACACUGCUGACGAGCAAUGUCAGAUUCUCUUUGGGCCAUUGGCUUCCUUUUGUCAAGAGAUGCAGCAUGUUAUUUGCACAGGGUUGUGGUGCAAGGUAGAAGGGGAAAAAGAAUGCAGAACCAAACUAGAUCCACCAAUGGACGGAACUGAUUGUGACACUGGUAAGUGGUGUAAGGCUGGAGAGUGUACCAGCAGGACCUCAGCACCUGGACUCGUGGCUGGAGAGUGGAGCAUGUGGAGUCCCUGUAGCCGAACCUGCAGUUCUGGGAUCAGCAGCCGAGAGCGCAAAUGUCCUGGGCUAGGUUCUGAAGCAAGGGAUUGUAAUGGUCCCAGAAAACAAUACAGAAUAUGUGAGAAUCCACCUUGUCCUGCAGGUUUGCCUGGAUUCAGAGACUGGCAAUGUCAGGCCUAUAGUGUUAGAACUUCGUACCCAAAGCAUGUACUUCAGUGGCACGCUGUCAUGGAUGAAGAAAAACCAUGUGCCUUGUUUUGCUCUCCUGUUGGAAAAGAACAGCCUAUUCUUCUAUCAGAAAAAGUGUUGGAUGGAACUUCUUGUGGAUAUCAAGGAUUAGAUAUCUGUGCAAAUGGCAGGUGUCAGAAAGUUGGCUGUGAUGGUUUAUUAGGGUCUCUUGCAAGGGAAGAUCAUUGUGGUGUAUGCAAUGGCAAUGGAAAAUCAUGCAAAAUCAUUAAAGGAGAUUUUAAUCACACCAGAGGAGCAGGUUAUGUAGAAGUGUUGGUGAUACCUGCUGGAGCAAGAAGAAUCAAAAUUGUGGAGGAAAAGCCGGCACACAGCUACUUAGCUCUCCGAGACACUGGAAAACAGUCUAUUAAUAGUGACUGGAAGAUUGAACACUCUGGAGCAUUCAACUUAGCGGGAACUACUGUCCAUUAUGUAAGACGAGGUCUCUGGGAGAAGAUCUCCGCCAAAGGUCCUACUACAUCACCAUUACACCUCCUGGUGCUGCUGUUUCAAGACCAGAAUUAUGGUCUUCAUUAUGAAUACACUAUCCCAUCAGACCCUGUACCAGAGAAUCAGAGCUCCAAAGCCCCUGAACCCCUUUUCAUGUGGACACACACAGGCUGGGAAGAUUGCGAUGCCACGUGUGGAGGAGGAGAAAGGAAGACAACAGUGUCUUGCACGAAAAUCAUGAACAAAAAUAUCAGCAUUGUGGACAAUAAGAAAUGCAAAUACUUAACCAAGCCAGAGCCACAGAUCCGCAAGUGCAAUGAGCAACCGUGCCAAACAAGAUGGAUGAUGACAGAAUGGACCCCAUGUUCACGAACUUGUGGUAAAGGGAUGCAGAGCAGACAAGUGGCCUGUACCCAGCAGCUGAGCAAUGGAACCCUGAUGAGAGCCCAGGAGAGGGACUGCGCUGGGCCCAAGCCGGCCUCCACCCAGCGCUGCGAGGGCCAGGACUGCAUGACCGUGUGGGAGGCGGGCGUGUGGUCCGAGUGUUCAGUGAAGUGUGGCAAAGGUGUACGUCAUCGGACCGUGAGGUGUACUAACCCCAGAAAGAAAUGCGUCCUCUCCACCAGACCCAGGGAGGCUGAGGACUGUGAGGAUUACUCCAAAUGCUAUGUGUGGCGAAUGGGUGACUGGUCUAAGUGCUCAAUUACCUGUGGCAAAGGAAUGCAGUCCCGUGUUAUUCAGUGCAUGCAUAAGAUCACAGGAAGACAUGGAAAUGAAUGUUUUUCUUCAGAAAAACCUGCAGCAUACAGGCCAUGCCACCUUCAGCCCUGCAAUGAGAAGAUUAAUGUAAAUACUAUAACAUCACCCAGGCUGGCUGCUCUGACUUUCAAGUGCCUGGGAAAUCAGUGGCCUGUGUACUGCCGGGUGAUACGUGAGAAGAACCUCUGUCAGGACAUGCGGUGGUAUCAGCGCUGCUGUGAGACGUGCAGGGACUUCUAUGCCCAAAAGCUGCAGCAGAAGAGUUGA